AUGGACUCUGUAAUGUUGAUGUGGGAGGGUAUGAUUGAGGCCUAUAUUUGUGAGGUUUUAGGUUACCCUGCUUCCCCAGAUCAUGUCCCGCCCCUGGUAGAAACUCCCAGUUCCAAUGCUCUCCUGCCGGCAAUUACCUCCUUGGUCACAGAUGAUGCUCGUUCCAUGCUAGGUGCAAGUAUCCCUGUGCCACGGAGGACCCCCUUGUUCUUACCAGGAUCCUUGUUGCCCACCUCUCCUCAUUCUCCUUCCCCCAUCCCUUCCUCCCCUUGUGUUCUUGACAUCUCUCACAAAGUCGUUGAUCUAACUAUAGAUGAUGCCGAGGACCUGUACGAGUUGCAGGAAGAGUUUCUUGCUCGGACAGGUGGGGCAGCGACACUCCUGCUCUUCCGUUCUUCCCUCCCUCUCCUCCCUGUCACUCCGUGUCUUUCAUUGCCUAUUCCCCCCGUCUGUCCUUCAAAACCUCCUCCUCAUCCUCCCGUGCAUCCCUUUCAAGAGAAGCCCAAUGCUUCUGCGACGGCUGCCACUUCCUUGGAUGGUUCUCGUGCCAACUUUGCAGGAGCCCAAGGGAGCCUGCUGUCACAAAGUGGCAGCGGUAGAGUGACUAAAGCAGGGAGGCAGAGCGGUAAUGCAGAGUGA